AUGAACAUAAACAAAAAAGUGACGAAUGGACAAAAAUGGGUGCGUGUUGCGGAACCUGGUAAGCGGAAGGGGUGGAACAGGGGAGAAGGUGACUGCGGCGGCGUCCGUCGCGGUGGUGGUGCACGGCAUCGCGGUGGCGGCGGAAGGGGGGUAUUAGGGUUAGCGAGAGAGGAAGAGGAUAGCGGAAGGGAGGGUGGUGGUUGCUGCUGGCUUAAGGGGAUGGGUGGCGGAGAGGGGGGCGCGGCGGGUUGGCCGGCGGUGGAGGGCGGUGGCUGCGGUUGGCAGUGGUGGAGAGGGUGGAAGAAAGGAAGAAGGAAGAAGAGAGAUGGGGAGGGGGUGGUACGGCGGUGGCGGCUGGGCGGCGGCGGCGUCGGGGUGGUGGCGUGCGGGAAGAAGAGAAGAGAAGGGGGAGAGGGUUAG